UUUCCAGCAAAAACAUCAUAACAUUGAAUUAUUUCCAACAGUUGUUCACUAACCGAGCAAAGAGUUUGUUGAAAAGAUACUUGCGAUCCAGAGGUAUAAUGCAUACGGCCGUCAGGAAGUCAUCUUCAUUAUCAGGAAUUCUCGAGUCACCGCUGAAUUCGACUGCUGAUGUGGCACGAACUCUCGUAUUUCAACCUAACGACGACGGCGCAAGGGUGAAGAACGAGCAACGCAAGAAAAACAAGAAAAAAGAAUCGCUCCGAAGAUGCAAAUCUUCCCCCGAGAAGAAGUUGUCGAAACAGAGCCGAGAAACGAACUCAGAUGCGUUGAAGUGCGCUUGGGACAAAGAAAGAGGCUAUGUUACAGACUUGAUAGCAGAACAAAAACCGAUCACAAACCAGCCCCAGCUCUCCUACUUUGCUUAUCUGGGGAAUAACUAUCCAGGGCAGGGGCGAUAUCAAGCCGUGUCAAGCAAUGCAGAGGCCAUUAUUAACCUGGGUAAUGGAAUCAUCGCUCAAAACAGGUCACCGUCUGUGACAAAUUCAGUCGAGCGGGUAAUUCAUGGAAACGAAGUCCGCAAAAGCGUUACGAUAAAAACUGACACAGAAAGACUUUUAGAGUGCUGUUCUUGCAUGUGCUGCGUGAAAGCUGUAUUUUAUCACUGUACAAAGAACAGAGACUUCGAGAGAAACUGGGCCGACCAGCCUUGCUCUUGCGAGACUGGGACCGAUUGUGGUGCUCGAUGGAGCAUUCUGGGAAUGUUUUCUCUAUUUCUGCCCUGCCUGGUGUGUUAUCCUAUCAUUAAAGAGUGUUGGAAGUUUCCUUUUAACUUAACUAAAAAGUCAUAGACUGAUGUGUUUUUUUGUUUCAUUUGAAAAAUAACCUAGCAAGCUAGUAACUUUCACCAAUUCACAUAAUUUAAAUACUAAUGCAUUGUGUGCAGUGUUUCGGUUUAUUCAAAUACAAGGUUUGUUUCUUUAGGUUUUAAUACAAAAGGAUUAUUUUCAACAUCCAUAGGUUGUUACGCAAACGUCGUUUGAGCAUUUUCUGAUCGUACAUGAACGAACGUUAUGAAAGAAAAUCUGGAAAAAAUAAAAGACCAGUUUAUGUCUUCAUAAAUUGUAGUUAAUGGGACAACCGUGAGAAUUACGUGUGGAUUGCGUGACAUGCAGUAACAUUGGGUAGGGUUUCACAGGCCAAAGUUCAAUUCUGAUCAUGUGCGUCCAUAGUGCAAUCUGCGGGCUGAGCCAAUCAGGGUAGUUUUUAUUUCACUGUCAAUCAACUCCUAGUGCAUUGAACAUAAGCCUAGUGUUUAUUCAUUCCAUCACUUUAGCAGGCAAACACCUUGCCUGCUUUCUAGUACAAGUAGUUCAGUGUGAUAAGCGCUGGUUCGGUAAGCUAGACAUUGGGAGUUCAAAUCCCAGUGGUGACUACUGAUUAUUUUUACAUUUAACUAAACAUAUUUUGGGCUGGGUUUGUUUCAUCUAUGGGGAGUACACUUCGUGUAUUUGUGGGGAUAAAGUGCUCCCAUACAAGUCACUCUUUGCCCCAUAGACUCACAGAAUGGAUUGGUUGCCGUGGUAACCACGAGUCUUAGCUAUCUUUCCUGAAUAAGGACCUCUUUCAGGGUAUUGUGACCUGCAGCCCUGAGGAGGAUUAAGGACCUCUCGCAGGGUAUUGUGACCUGCAGCCCUGGAGAGGAGUAAGGACCUCUUUUAGGGUAUUGUGAUCGGCAGCCCUAAAGAGGAGUAAGGAACUCUUGCAGGGUAUUGUGAUCUGCAGCCCUCAAGAGGAGUAGCAUCUCUCUUAGGGGAUCGUGACCUGCACCCCUAGAGAGAAAGGAGGUGAGGGGGGUUUUGACCCCUCCCAUCUUACCAAGCUAGACUAGUAUUCUGUUAGUGACACUGGCCUGUUGGAGCACUUCAUUCUCAACCCCUCUCCCCACAUUUAUUGUUGUCUGUGUUUCUGUUUCUCAUGGGUUGCAAGCAUCACGUGACACUUACUAUGGUGAGUGUACACUUACUAUGGUAUUAUUAUUGGUCUAAACAUAUAUAGUUCAUAGAGGGAAAUGGUUAGGAAGGCCAGUAAACAUCAAAGAAGGGAACA